AUAGCUGUUGCAUCCAGUGCCUCGUAAUCAGUACACUGGUGUAGCUCGCACAAUCCACAGCGCGGUUUGGAAGGAUCCGAAAUAAUAAGUUUGAAAAAUCGGUUGUGCUAAGUGAAAUAUCAUAACUAUGUUUAAAUUGGCAGUGUUUGGUAUCGUUCUGGCGAUUAUUAGUCACAGCGAUGCUCAAUGUCCCGAUAAUCCGUGCGGGAUACAGGCCUCGUGCCGGUUAAACUCCGCCGGGAUUCCGGUAUGCUCCUGUCCGUUCGGAUACUUGGGCGAUCCGUUCAAAGAAUGCGUACGGCCAGAGUGCGUGAGCGACGGUGACUGUACCGAGUUCCAGGGCUGCCGCAAGGGAAAAUGUGUCGACCCGUGUAUUUACAGCUGCGGUACCAAUGCGGCAUGCUCGACCAAACAUCACGUUCCGGUUUGCUACUGUCCCGAAGGUUCCACCGGCAGUCCAUUCGAGCGAUGUGAUCCAUUGUAGAAGAGCUCGCAGUUUCGGUUCGUGUUUGUUAAAGUUAUGUUUGUAAAUGAAUACCAUUUAAUGAAAAUCGAUACAGUUUUGUUUACCA